GGGGGAUAGGAGUCUGCGCAGCUUCUCCCGGUUUCCCUUGCCCCGGCUACCCGCGGAGAAGGCCGGCCACGCCUCCUCUGCUUCUUGACGUCACUCCCGCGCCACUCGACGUGUGUCCCAUCUGCCUGGCUCGCGCGUUCUCAUCUCAUCGACUGCCCUCUCAGCUACUGCCACCGCCCCCGGGGGUCUAGCGGCCCGGAGGCCCAUUGCGCACCGCGAGAGCUCGGGAGCCGCAGACCGAGAGAGACUCGUGCGCAACCCCGGGCGGGCCCCGGGAAGCAGGCUGCGCGUGGCCCAGGAGGCGACGGUGGACGCACCGCUCGUCGGAGGUUCUCAGAGCGCCGCGCGGGAAUCGUUUCAUCAUGAGAAAUCUAAAGUUAUUUCGCAUCCUAGAGUUCGGGGAUAUUCAGGCUCCAGGGAAACCUCAGUGCUUCUCUCUCCGAACUGAACAAGGGACAGUAAUCAUUGGCUCAGAACACGGACUGAUGGAAGUAGACCCUGUCACAAGAGAAGUGAAAAAUGAAAUCCCUUUAGUGGCAGAAGGCUUUCUCCCGGACGAUGGAAGUGGCUGCAUUGUUGGUAUUCAGGACUUGCUGGAUCAGGAGUCUGUGUGUGUGGCCACAGCCUCUGGAGAUGUCAUACUUUGCAAUCUCAGCACACACCAGCUGGAAUGUGUCGGGAGUGUAGCCAGUGGUAUCUCUGUCAUGAGUUGGAGUCCUGACCAAGAGCUGGUGCUUCUUGUUACAGGUCAGCAGACCCUAGUUAUGAUGACAAAAGACUUUGAACCUAUCAUGGAACAGAAAAUCCACCAGGAUGAUUUUGGUGAAAGCAAGUUUAUCACCGUUGGGUGGGGCAGGAAAGAGACACAGUUCCAUGGAUCAGAAGGCAGGCAAGCGGCCUUUCAGAUGCAAAUGCAUGAGUCUGCUUUGCCCUGGGAUGACCAUAAACCACAAGUUACUUGGCGUGGUGAUGGGCAGUUUUUUGCUGUGAGUGUUGUUUGCCCAGAGACAGGGGCACGGAAGGUCAGAGUGUGGAACCGAGAAUUUGCCUUACAGUCAACCAGCGAGCCGGUGGCAGGGCUGGGUCCAGCUCUGGCUUGGAAGCCUUCAGGCAGUUUGAUUGCCUCUACACAAGAUAAACCCAACCAGCAGGAUGUUGUGUUUUUUGAGAAAAAUGGACUUCUUCAUGGACAUUUUACACUUCCCUUCCUCAAAGAUGAGGUUAAGGUAAAUGACCUGCUCUGGAAUGCGGAUUCCACUGUGCUUGCAGUUUGGUUGGAAGACCUUCAGAGGGAAGAAAAUUCCACUCUAAAAACCUAUGUUCAGCUCUGGACUGUUGGAAACUAUCACUGGUAUCUCAAGCAAAGUCUGCCCUUCAGCGCCUGUGGGAAGAGCAAAAUUGUGUCUCUGAUGUGGGACCCGGUGACCCCAUACCGGCUGCAUGUUCUCUGUCAGGGCUGGCAUUACCUCUGCUAUGACUGGCACUGGACGACUGACAGGAGCUCGGGAGAGAAUUCAAGUGACAUGGCAAAUGUGGCUGUCAUCGACGGAAACAGGGUAUUGGUGACAGUCUUCCGGCAGAGUAUAGUUCCACCUCCCAUGUGCACCUACCGACUGCUGCUCCCACACCCUGCGAAUCAAGUUAUGUUUUUUUCACACCCUAAAAAGAGUAACGACCUCGCCAUCCUAGAUGCCAGUAACCAGGUUUCUGUUUAUAAAUGUGAUGACAGUCCAAGUGUGGACCCUACGGUGAGACUGGGAGCUGUGGGUGGAAAUGGAUUUAAAGUUUCCCUUAGAACUCCUCAUCUAGAAAAGAGAUACAAAAUUCAAUUUGAGAAUAGUGAAGAUCAAGAAGUAAAUCCACUGAAACUCAGCCUUCUCACCUGGAUUCAAGAAGACAUUUUCCUGGCUGUAAGCCACAGUGGGUCCAGCUCACAGUCUGUCAUUCACCAUCUAACUAUGACCCCUUCCGAGACGGAUGACGAGCAAGGACAGCUCAAUAUUAGUUCAUCUGUGACAGUAGAUGGGGUCAUAAUCAGCCUAUGUUGCAAUUCCAAGACCAAAUCAGUAGCAUUGCAGCUGGCUGGUGGCCAGAUACUUAAGUAUCUUUGGGAGUCACCCUCUCUGGCUGUUGCUCCAUGGAAGAACCCUGAUGGAGUUCCCGUGCGGUUCCCAUAUCCUUGCACACAAACUGAAUUGGCUGUGAUUGGAGGAGAGGAAUGUGUCCUUGGUCUGACUGACAGGUGCCGCUUUUUCAUCAAUGACAAUGAGGUUGCUUCAAAUAUUACGUCAUUUGCAGUAUACGAUGAGUUCUUAUUGUUGACGACCCAUUCUCAUACCUGCCAGUGUUUUUGCCUGACGGAUGCUUCGUUUAAAACAUUACAGGCAGGUCUGAGCAGCAGUCAUAUGUCUAAUGGGGAGACUCUGCGGAAGGUAGAGAGGGGUUCACGCAUUGUCACCGUUGUACCCCAGGACACAAAGCUUGUAUUACAGGUGCCAAGGGGAAACUUAGAAGUUGUUUGUCAUCGAGCCCUGGUUUUAGCUCAGAUUCGGAAGUGGUUAGACAAACUUAUGUUUAAAGAGGCAUUUGAAUGCAUGAGAAAACUGAGAAUUAAUCUUAAUCUGAUUCAUGAUCAUAACCCUAAGGUGUUUCUUGAAAAUGUGGAGGCCUUCAUAAGACAGAUAGAUUCUGUAAAUCAUAUUAACUUAUUUUUUACAGAAUUGAAGGAAGAAGAUGUCACCAAGACCAUGUACCCUCCACCAGUUACCAGCGCUGUCCAGCUGCCCAGGGAUCCGGAGGGGAGAAAAGUAGACCUUAUCUGCGAUGCUAUGAGAGCAGCCAUGGAGAACCUAAAUCCUCACAAAUACUGCCUAUCAAUACUCACCUCCCACGUGAAGAAAACAACCCCAGAAUUGGAAAUUGUGCUGCAGAAGGUACACGAGCUUCAAGGAAAUGCUUCGCCUGUUCCCGAUGCUGUGAGUGCUGAAGAGGCCCUGAAAUAUUUGCUGCUGUUGGUAGAUGUUAAUGAUCUAUAUGAUCAUUCUCUUGGGACCUAUGACUUUGAUUUGGUCCUCAUGGUAGCCGAGAAGUCACAGAAGGAUCCCAAAGAAUAUCUUCCAUUUCUUAAUACACUUAAGAAAAUGGAAACUAAUUAUCAGCGGUUCACCAUAGACAAAUACUUGAAGCGCUAUGAAAAAGCCAUUGGUCACCUCAGCAAAUGUGGACCUGAGUACUUCCCAGAAUGCUUAAACUUAAUAAAAGAUAAAAACUUGUAUAAUGAAGCUCUGAAGUUAUAUCCACCAAAGUCGCAGCAGUACAAGGACAUCAGCAUUGCUUAUGGGGAACACCUGAUGCAGGAACGCCUCUAUGAGCCAGCGGGGCUAGUGUUUGCCCGUUGUGGUGCCCACGAGAAAGCUCUCGAUGCCUUUCUGGCUUGUGGCAGCUGGCAACAAGCUCUCUGUGUGGCAGCCCAGCUUCACUUGAGCAGAGACCAGCUGGCUGGCUUUGGCAGAUCUCUGGCAGGAAAGCUAGUGGAGCAGAGGAAGCACAGAGACGCGGCCACAGUUUUGGAACAGUACGCCCAGGAUUAUGAAGAAGCUGUACUCUUGCUGUUGGAAGGAGCUGCCUGGGAAGAAGCUCUGAGACUGGUAUACAAAUACAACAGACUGGAUAUUAUAGAAACCAACAUAAAGCCUUCCGUAUUAGAAGCCCAGAAAAAUUAUAUGGCAUUUCUAGACUCUCAGACAGCCACAUUCAUUCGCCAUAAAAAACGUUUAUUGGUGGUUCGCGAGCUCAAGGAGCAAGCACAGCAGGUGCAUCUGGAUGAUGAUGUAUCCCGCGGUCAAGAGUCAGACCUCUUCUCUGAAACUAGCAGUGUCAUGAGUGGCAGUGACAUGAGUGGCAAAUAUUCUCAUAGUAACUCCAGGAUAUCAGCGCGAUCAUCUAAGAAUCGCCGCAAAGCGGAGCGGAAAAAGCACAGCCUCAAAGAAGGGAGUCCGUUGGAGGAUCUGGCCCUUUUGGAGGCAUUGAAUGAAGUAGUACAGGGCACUGAAAAAUUGAAAGAUGAAAUACACCAGAUUUUAAAGGUGCUCUUUCUCUUUGAGUUUGACGAGAAAGGAAGGGAGUUACAGAAGGCCUUUGAAGAUACUCUGCAGCUAAUGGAAAGGUCCCUUCCAGAAAUUUGGACUCUCACCCACCAGCAGAAUUCAGCUGCACCUGUUCUGGGUCCCAAUUCUACUGCAAAUAGUAUCAUGGCCUCUUAUCAACAACAGAAGACUUCAGUUCCUGUUCUUGAUGCUGAGCUUUUUAUACCGCCAAAGAUGAACCAAAAAACCCAGUGGAAAUUGAACCUCCUGGAGUGACUCUGAACCUAGUUAGGAGGGCUCUGGCUGAGAAGACCAUUUCCUUUCCAGUCCUCACUCCUCGAAGCCUGGCUGUUGAGAACUAGGAAGAGUAAGAUGAUGAAUGAUACUAGCAUUGCAGAGCUGCUCUGUAUAGCAGACCUCAGCAAACACCAAGCAAUUCUAUUUUAUUUUAUUUUGCAUGUAGUUAUAAUCAGUAGCAAAACUUUAAGCUUUAACUAAUAUAGCCUCGUUUUGUAAGAAUUACUGUUCUUUUAUUUACUGCUGUUUGAGAGCAUAUUUCUGGCAUUUAUGGUAGUCAGGAGAUUGGGUUUCAUUCCCAGUUACAGGUCUAAUGCAUAUUGGGACCUUAGACAAAUCACAUAAUUGAUUUGUACCUCCGUUAAUUGGGAAUAUUGUUUCAUGGCUUCUACCUCAAAAAUGUAAAGAAAAGUAAAAUAACAUUUUUAAAUUGCUUUAUGUUCCUGGAGGAGAGCAUUAUAGAUAAACAACAUAGCUAUUAGUGCUACCAACAUUUGGUCAAAUUUAAUCACUUGAAUAACUUCACCUUGAACUAAAGCAGAAUAAAAAGCUAAAUAUAACCUUUGAAAUUCUAAGCUUUUCCAUGCUGACAGCUGUUUUUUUGUAAUAUCUUACCAGGUCGUGUGCUUCCAGUUAUAACUGGGUUGAGCCUCCUAUUGCUACAAUGUCCAUAGGAACUGUUUUCACUGAGUGUGAAUUUCCUGCUAGAGAGUUAGCAGAACAGAUUAGAAUUUCUGAAACAGUAGCAUGCACAUUUGUUAUAAUGAGCAGCAUGUUUCAUGGCAUGCACGGUUGUAAAUUACUCCUUUUUCUUCAAAUAGUGCUCCUUUUAACAUAAUAUUUUUGUCAGUGUCUAGGCCAUUUCAUUUAUUUUUCAUGGUGCUUAAUUGACUUCUGUCUUUUAUUUUUUUGGAAGAAAUGAGAAUGUUUUUUCUUUUUGGUAAGUCUAGAAAAGUCUCAGUUCAUUUUGACAAUAGUUUCAUGGCUGAUCACUAGGUAGGAUUAAAAAUUUCUUCUAUACUUUUAAUACUAGAACCAGACCUUCAUUAUACUGGUUUGGGGUCUAGUUGUACAUAAGCUAAUAGGAAAUGCUGCUUUUGAGUCUCACGGUAUAGCUAUAUCCACAAUUGUAAUUUAAGACUUUACGUAAUACAGCAAAAUGUUAGUUUUAGAAUCUAGGUAUGGUCACUGUAUGUAUAAUUCAACUUUUCUGUGUCUGAAAUUUUUCACAAAAUAAUAGAAAACAAAAGAAGAUAUAUCCUGUUUUGGAAAUUUUUACUUUUUGACUCGUGCCCAUAAUGGACUUACAGUAAUUAAGUGCCCACACUGAAAGGUUGAAAGUGCUUUGUGACUCCUCUUUGGCAUGUGUAAAUGAACCUGGUAACUUACAUGACAUUUUAAUGUUAUAGCGCUCUUGCUACGGACCAUGGUAGAGACAGACCCGUGCUGAUGGAUUGGAAAUACAAGCAAUUGUGUUUGUUAAUAAUUGUGUUACUUUAUGGAGGUUCAAGUUCCUUAAAAUAAUGUAUUAAAGCACCAAGAAAGAA